AGAGGCAGUCAGGCAAGAAGCUUGAAAUCGCCAUGGAUUCUGGAAAGAAGCAGCAGCAGCCGCACAUUGUUCUGGUCCACGGCGCCGGCCACGGCGCCUGGACCUGGUACAAGCUGAAGCCGCUCCUGGAGGCGGCGGGCCACCGCGUCACCGCCUUUGACCUGGCGGCCACCGGCACCGACCUGAGGCGCCUGCAGGACCUUUGCUCCUUCGACGACUACAACCAGCCGUUGCUGGAGAUUCUGGCGGCGAUCCCGCCGCCGGAGAAGGUGGUCCUGGUCGGGCACAGCCUCGGCGGGGUGAACUUGGCGGCGGCGAUGGAGAGGUACCCCGACAGUAUCUCCGUGGCGGUUUUCGUGACGGCUUUCUUGCCUGAUUUGGAACAUAAGCCUUCCUACGUCAUGGAACAGUUUGUGGAGAGAAUUCCAGCAGAGAAUUGGGAGGAUACACAAUUCUCACCUGCCCGCCCGCCAGAAAGUCCCUUAAGUUCAAUGACUUUUGGUCCUAAAUUCAUCUCCGACAGGCUCUACAAUUUAAGUCCUCCAGAGUUAGGAUGUGGCAUUGGGAACAAUUCUGAUAAGGCCAAGCUCUUUGUUCCUCGAAGAUCUGUCCCAAAUGGAACCACUCUCAAAAGAAAGGUUUGGAGCAGUCAAGAAAGUGUACAUUGUGUGCGGACAGGACAUCGGCAUUCCGGCCUCCUUCCAGCGUUGGAUGAUCGAGGCCAAUGGAGGAGUGGAUGAAGUCGUUGAAAUUGCCGAGGCUGACCACAUGGCCAUGUUGUCCACGCCUCGACAGCUUUCCGAAUCUCUUACCAAGAUUGCUGCCGAGUAUCAUUGAUUAGACUAAGGUUGCAAUUGCAAUCAAUGCAAUAUAUGUAUCUUAUAAUGUAAUGUAAUGAAUUUGAUAUACUUUUAUUUAUGGAUACAUUAUUGGCUAUGGCCUUUUUUCUUUCUUCAA